AUGCGUGUUUUUGUCACUGGCGCUACUGGCUUUGUUGGCCAGGCCGUUGUUCAGGAACUGCUAAGUGCCGGCCACACUGUUGUCGGUCUUGCUCGCUCAGAAUCCAAGGCAGCUGAACUGCGUGCCAAAGGAGCUGAGGCGAUCAUUGGGACUACUGAAGAUGUUGAAGUCUUGAAGCGCGGUGCCUCGGAUUCAGAGGGUGUUAUCCAUCUUGCCUUCAACCACGACUUCACCAAAUUCGCUGAAAACGCCAAAGUGGAAUACCACGCCAUCGUGGCCAUGGGUGAGACCCUCGCAGGGUCUAACCGUCCUUUCGUCAUCACUUCUGGAACCUUGAUGCUAGCUAAGGGUGAGCUGGCCACGGAAGAUUCGCAAGUGGACCUUGUGACUUUCCCAAACCCUCGUGCGGGCAAUGAAGGAGAAAUCACCAAGCUCGCUUCCCGGGGUGUGCGUGCAUUGGCAGUGCGACUAUCUCCAAGUGUUCACGGCGAUGAAGAUCAUGGAUUUAUCUAUAUGAUCACUCAAAUUGCGCGCGCCAAGGAACAAAUGGCCGCGGUCCACCGUUACGAUGCCGCUCGUCUUUACCGUCUGGCUCUAGAGAAGGGCGAGCCUGGUGCGAAGUAUCACGGUGUUGGCGAACAAGGUAUCACGAUGAAGGAAAUUGCCGAGGCCAUUGGACAAGAACUUGGUGUGCCGACCGUUUCGAAAUCCUUUGAAGAAGCUCAGGCUCACUUCAAUGGUUUCAUGGCCCACGCUGUCGGUGCUGACAAUCCAACUUCAAGCCAAAAGACCCAGGAGCAGCUUGGAUGGAUACCCACAGGCCGAGGUCUUCUGGCUGACAUUCAGGCUGGAGUUUAUACCCAGUAA